AAACGACUUUGUCCAUUUUCCUUCUUCCCUCUUUGUUCUUCACUUUUAUAGUCUUUUGAAGAGGGUUCAGAAAACACACUUAUUUAUCACAAUGGUCAAGAAAGUUCUUUUGUUGGGUUCCGGUUUCGUUGCUAAGCCAACCGUUGAUAUUCUCUCCAACACCGAUGGUGUUGAAGUCACAGUUGCUUGUAGAACUCUGGAGAAGGCCAAGGAGUUGGCUGGUGAGAAGGCUACUGCUAUCUCUGUUGAUGUCUCCAAGGAGGAGCAAUUGGACGCUGCUGUCUCUGAUCACGACCUCGUCAUCUCUUUGAUUCCAUACAUCUACCACGCAACAGUUGUCAAGUCUGCUAUCAAGCACAAGAAGAACGUUGUCACCACUUCCUACAUCUCCCCAGCUUUGAAGGAGUUGGAAGAUCAAAUCAACGAGGCUGGUAUCCUUGUCUUCAACGAGAUUGGUUUGGAUCCAGGUUUGGACCACUUGUACGCUGUCAAGACUAUCUCUGAGGUUCAUGAGGCUGGUGGUCAAAUCAAGUCCUUUAUCUCCUACUGUGGUGGUUUGGUUGCUCCAGAGGAUGCCAACAACCCAUUGGGUUACAAGUUCUCCUGGUCUGCCAGAGGUGUUCUUCUCGCUUUGAGAAACUCUGCCACUUUCUACAAGGAUGGUAAGAAAGUUGAUGUUGAUGGUCCAGAAUUGAUGGGUUACACCACCCCAUACACCAUUGAUGGAUUCACCGGCAAGGAGUUGGUGUGCUACCCAAACAGAGACUCCACUGUGUUUAGAGACUUGUACAAGAUCCCAGAGGCUGAAACUGUUAUCCGUGGUACCCUUCGUUUCGAGGGUUUCCCAGAGUUCAUCAAGGUUCUCGUCGACUUGGGAUUGUUGAAGGACGAGGAGACCGAGGUCUUCUCCAAGCCAACUGGCUGGAACGAGGCCUUGAAGGAGUACUUGGGCGCCAAGUCCUCUUCUGAGGAGGACUUGAUCGCUGCCAUCGAGUCCAAGACCACUUUUGCCGACGCCGCUGCCAAGGACAAGAUCAUCGAUGGCUUCAAAUGGUUUGGUCUCUUGUCCGAUAAGCAAACCACACCAAGAGGCAACCCAUUGGACACAUUGUGUGCUUUGUUCGAGAGCAUGUUGCAAUUGGAGAAGGGCGAAAGAGAUUUGGUCUUGUUGCAACACAAGUUCGGUAUCGUUAACAAGGACGGCUCAGAGGAGACCCGCACCUCUACUUUGAUCGACUUUGGUGCUCCAACUGGCUCCGGAUACUCCUCCAUGGCUAAGUUGGUUGGUACCCCAUGUGCCGUUGCUACCCAACUUAUCUUGAAGGACGAAUUGCCAGUCAAGAAGGGUUUGGUUGCUCCAUACUCUCCAGAGAUCAACAACCCAAUCAUGAAGGUGUUGAAGGAUGAGUACAGCAUCUCUUUGGAAGAGAAGACGUUGUAAAUAGCGUAGUGUUUUCUUUAUAUACGUUUGAAUUGGAAAAACUGCGAAUUGACGAGACACAAAAGCAAAAAUAAAC